AUGGUUCUUAUCCAGCAACAACAGCAGAUGCAGGCCCAACAGCAACUCAUUAUACAGCUAACACAGCGAGAACAAUCUGCCGCAACCGCGCCUGCUGCAACCGUAGCCAGGAACCUCGCCGAGCAAAUGGUCGCAUUCACCUACGACCCAGACAAGAACCUGACGUUUGAAUCCUGUUCCAAAGCUCACACUCAGGACCUUGUCAAUGAAGCCGAACGCCUCAUCAACCUGAAGCAAGACAAAUCGACUAUCGAAGGGACAAUUAUAACACCCAGCUCCACAGAGGUCAGCGCCGUUCACAAACGCAACAGCUACGGUCGCAAAUCACCAGGUGGCAAGAAGUCGCCAUCCUUUGGUAGUCGCAGCCGUAACGACCAAAGCUCCUUCAGCAAUAAAAGCGCAUCACAGCCACCUUCGCCCUGCCGCAAUUACUGUGGAGAAACCCACUGGAAGCGAGAAUGCGAGUAUCGUGACAAGAAAUAUACAACUUGCUCAGUAAUUGGUCACAAGACCGGAUUUUGUGUUUCAGCUUUCGAGGCGGUCGCUCAUCGCUCAAAAUUUAGUCGCAAACAGCGACGCAAUUCAGAUCCCGGCCAGAAGAACAACAUCAAUCAAAUUACAGAAAAAUCCAAUGCCAACCAACGCAAGUUCGUCUCACCAAAUAUUAACGGAGCACAUGUCCGCCUUCAAGUCGAUUCAACAUCGGACAUCACUAUCAUUUCUAAAGACAACUGGGAGAGACUCGGCAAACCUACGCUCAAGCCCUGCAUAAUCCAACCUGGAAGCGCAUCCGGACAUUCAAUUCGCCUCUGGGGAUCCUUCCAGUGCACCAUGAGCCUUAGCAACAAAAUGGGAACCGGAACCUGCUACAUGUCAGCGUGCCUCAAUUUGCUCGGCAUCGACUGGAUCGAGCAGCUCGGAUUGUGGAACGUCCCACUUGCCUCAGUCUGCAAUACCAUAGCCGUAACCCAUCUACCGACGACAUCGCGAGCAAGGUUGAAUCAAAAUUCCCCCAACUUUUUGCUGACGGACUUGGUCUAUGCACCAAAACAAAAGUUUCACUUACCCUUAAACCGGGCACACAAAGGAUCUUCCGCAAACGACGUCCGGUUCCAUUCGCAGCAAUGGCCGCCAUCGAAGAAGAAAUUAAGCGUCAACAACACCUCGGAGUUUACAAACCAAUCACGUUCUCAGGGUUCGCAGCAUCGUAGUAAUAAAAAAGAAAAACGGCAAAAUUUUCUCGAGCCGAACAAGUUUCCGCUGCCAACAUCGGAUCAGAUCUUCACCAGUCUCGCCAACAACUGCGUCUUCUCCAAAAUUGAUCUCUCAGACGCCUUUCUCCAGCUCGAGCUCGAUGACGACGCAAAGCUGCUCACAAUCAACACACACUUGGAACUCUUCCAGGUUAACCGCAUGCAGCCCGGAGUCAAGACAGCACCAGGCAUCUUUCAGGAGCUCAUGACCACAAUGCUCGCAGGUCUCAAAGGCGCCUUUGCAUUUAUCGACGACAUCAUCAUUGACGGAAGUAACAAAAAUGAGCAUGACAAGCUCCUCUUCCUCCUUGAACGCAUUCAGAGCUACGGAUUCAAGCUUCGAAUUGAAAAAUGCGAAUUCGCCCAAUCAAGUAUUCUCUUCUGCGGCCAUAUUAUUGACACUCAAGGCGUCAAGCCGGAUCCUGAAAAAAUUCAAGCCAUCCAGACCAUUCCGGCACCGCGUGACAUCUACCAGCUCCGUUCGUUCCUCGGGGCGGCCAAAUAUUACGGAAAGUUUGUCAAGAACAUCAAAGAUCUUCGCGGCCCUCUUGACGACCUCCAAAAGCGCCAAAUUUGA